AUGUCUCCUCUCGCAACCUUCCACCGUCUUGCUCACGACACCUUCUCUUCCUCUCUCCUCUCACUGUCACAAGUUCGAAGCUCUAAAGCAUCAACAUUAUUCCUCAAUGCCUUCGAAUCCAUUCCUACCUCAGAAGAUAUCUUUGCCCGAAUCAGGCUAUGGUUGGAGCAAGCAAGGGCUGUAGUAGUUGUUCCUGUCUUCAAGUUCCUGGUGGCUCUAUGCUUGAUCAUGUCUGUGAUGCUCUUCGUGGAGGUGCUCUACAUGGGAAUCGUCGUACUGUAUGUCAAGUUGUUCAAGAGGAAACCAGAGAAAGUUUACAAAUGGGAAGCUAUGGAGGAAGAUGUUGAGUGUGGCAGUGCAAGCUUCCCUAUGGUUCUUGUGCAAAUACCAAUGUACAACGAAAAAGAGGUUUGUGAGCAAUCUAUUGCAGCUGCUUGCAAAAUCUCGUGGCCAUCGAAUCGUAUAAUCAUUCAAGUGCUUGAUGACUCCACAGAGCCAGCCAGUAAGGAACUGGUGAAAAAGGAGUGUGAGAGAUGGUCGAGAGAAGGCGUCAACAUAACCUUUGAGAUCAGAGAUAACAGGAACGGAUACAAAGCUGGUGCGCUUAGAGAAGGGAUGAAGCAUAGCUAUGUGAAGCAGUGUGACUAUGUUGCUAUCUUUGAUGCUGAUUUCCAGCCUGAUCCUGACUUCCUCCUCCGCACUAUGCCUUUCCUAAUUCACAAUCCCAAGUUAGCACUUGUUCAAGGCCGUUGGGAGUUUGUGAAUGCGGAUCAAUGCAUGAUGACGAGAUUGCAGGAGAUGUCUCUAAGUUACCAUUUCACGGUAGAGCAGCAAGUUGGAUCCUCAACAUUUGCCUUCUUUGGGUUCAACGGAACGGCUGGUGUGUGGAGAAUCUCAGCGCUGAAUGAGUCCGGGGGAUGGAAUGACCAGACAACAGUAGAAGACAUGGACUUAGCUGUAAGAGCUACACUCAGAGGCUGGAAAUUACUAUACAUCGAUGAUCUCAAGGUGAAAAGCGAGCUACCUUGUUCCUUCAACGCUCUCCGUAGCCAGCAGCAUCGAUGGACUUGUGGCCCUGCCAAUCUAUUCAGGAAAAUGGCAGGACAGAUAAUAAGAAGCGAGAAUGUUUCUAUGGGGAAGAAGUUGUAUAUGUUGUACAGCUUCUUCUUCAUGCGCAAGAUCGUGGCUCACAUCCUCACCUUCAGCUUCUACUGUGUUAUCUUGCCAGCAACUGUUAUGUUCCCAGAAGUCACAGUUCCGAAAUGGGCUGCGUUUUAUCUCCCUUCGUUGAUCACUCUCUUCAUCGCAAUCGGUAGAUUAAGAUCAAUCCACCUUUUGGCUUUCUGGGUUCUGUUCGAGAAUGCAAUGUCCCUGCUUCGAGCAAAGGCUCUCGUAAUGGGGUUGUUUGAAACAGGAAGAGUGCAGGAAUGGGUUGUGACAGAGAAAUUGGGUGAUGCACUCAAGACGAAGCUGCUUGCACAAGUGCCUAAAGAGAAUCAUGUCAGGUUCAGAGAGAGGGUGCAUUUGCUGGAGCUAUUGGUUGGAACAUACCUCUUGUUCUGCGGAUGCUACGAUAUCUUCUACGGGAAGAACACACUCUUUGUGUACCUUCUCUUGCAGUCAACAGCCUUCUUCGUUGUUGGUUUUGGAUUUGUCGGCAAAUAUGUCCCUGCUUCCUCCUAA